AUGUCCUUCUUCUUCCGGGCCGCGACGCGGCAGCGCCCGUCGCCGCAGGAGAUCGCCCGCUCCAUCAAGGACUCCCUCGUUGCCCUCGACACCAAGACCGGCGCCAAGGCUCUCGAGGAUGCUGAGAAAAACUUACUUACAUUGAGGCAUACACUUGCUGGUGAUGGAGAAGUAGAACCAAAUCAAGAGCAGGUUCUGCAGAUAGCCCUUGAGAUUUGCAAGGAGGGUGUUCUUUCCCUCUUUGUUCAGAAUCUUCCUUCCUUGGGUUGGGAGGCUAGAAAGGAUCUUGUCCACUGCUGGUGUAUUUUGUUGAGACAGAAGGUUGAUGAAGGCCAUUGUUGUGUCCAGUAUAUUGAAAAUCAUUUUGAUCUUUUGGAUUUCCUUGUUGUUUGCUACAAGAACUUGGAAGUUGCGUUGAAUUGUGGGAACAUGUUGCGAGAAUGCAUAAAAUAUCCUACACUUGCAAAAUAUAUAUUGGAGUCAAGUAGCUUCGAGUUGUUUUUCCAGUAUGUUGAAUUGCCAAACUUCGAUAUUGCUUCUGACGCUCUGAACACCUUCAAGGAUUUGCUAAACAAACAUGAAGAUCAAGUCUCUGAAUUUCUGAGCUCACAUUAUGAACAGUUUUUUGGACUCUACACAAAACUUUUAUCUUCAACUAAUUAUGUGACACGAAGACAAUCAGUGAAGUUUCUUUCAGAGUUUCUGUUGGAGACCCCAAAUGCUCAAAUAAUGAAGCGUUACAUUUUGGAAGUUCGUUACUUAAACAUUAUGAUGGGUCUUCUGAAGGAUUCAAGCAAAAAUAUCAGGAUAUGUUCCUUCCACAUUUUUAAGGUAUUUGUUGCCAAUCCAAACAAGCCUCGUGAGAUUAUUCAGGUUUUGGUUGACAAUCACAGAGAACUGUUGAAGCUACUCCACAAUCUCCCCACAAGCAAAGGUGAAGAUGAACAACUUGAUGAGGAGAGAGAUCUAAUUAUCAAAGAGAUCGAGAAGCUUGUGCGGUUGUCAGUAUAA